AUGGAAAUUAAAAAUUUAAAUGUAGAUUAUAUUAAAAUAACUUAACUAUAAUACCAAGUUUUAAUAAUUAAAGCUUAAGAGGGCAUUCAUAUAUUAUAACUUUCAAAACAUCUUCUCCUUAAGAAAUCAGUUAAGGAAGCAUAUUUGUUAUCAAAAAAAUGGUUAAAAACCUGGAAAAUACAUGUUGGAUAUGAUGCUAUUUUGAAAGGUGAAUAGCCUAGAGGUAAGGGAUAUGGAAGACAAUAACUUUUGGAGAUUAAUAAUGAUAUAAUAGAGAACAAAGAAUUAUUUCAUGAUGCACCCGUAUUAUAUGAUUAUUUAGAAACUCCUUUGAAUGAUGUGUAACCUUUUAAAGAUUAUAUUCUUAUUACAUUAUAAGCUUGGAAAUUCUACUAUUAAAAAUACACAGGUACAGCAAUAAGGAGAAUAGCAAUUGAGUAAGGAGAAUUCUAUUUGAAGAUUAUAAGUGUAAUUUUUAAUUAAUAUAUAAGCCUAAUGUAAUUUUUAUAACUUAAGAGAAAUUGAAUGAGAUUUAUUCACUAAAUUAUAAUUAAUUUAUUAAUUCUCUUGAUUUAUUGAAAAUGAGAAAAGUUUAAUUAUUUAGUGAUUGGAAAUUUAGAGAAUUAGAUACAUAUUGUUAAUAAAUAAUGAAGAGUAAAGAUAUACAAAUUUGGUUAAUGAAUCCUUUUUAUGAAUAAAAUUAGAUUAAAUUAGAAUUGAUAAAGAAAAUUAAUUAAAAUAAAUAUAUUUUGUUGGGUGAAUAAUUAUUAAAAGCAGAAUAUUAGGAAUUUUAAUUAUCACAGUUUAUAAAAAAUCAUUUUAUUUUGGUAGUAUUUUAAAAUAAAGUUUAAUUAUCUUGA